AGAAGGAAUGGCUCUUUUCCAGGGACGGUUGACCUUCAGGGAUGUGGCCAUAGAUUUCUCUCAGGAGGAGUGGGAGUGCCUGGACCCCGCUCAGAGGGCUUUGUACAAGGAUGUGAUGUUGGAGAACUACAGGAACCUGGUCUCUGUGGGUGAGGAUAACUUGCCUCCAGAAGUCGGAAGCCUUUCUCCUGGAUUUGCACUCAAGGAAUUGUCACCAGUAGAGGACAUUUAUAAAGGAAAAUUUUACCACUUAGUGAUAUUGGAGAGAAAUAAAAGCCAUGGCAUCAAGAAUUUUGAUCUCAAGGAAGUCUGGGAAAAUAGGCAUGAGUUUGAAAAUCGGUGGGGAGAUAAUGCAAGAAAUUACAAAGAAGUGCCUUUGACUCAUAACAAAAAUCUCACUUGUAGGAAAGAUCAGCCACAUAAUCAGCCCUCAGUUACUCGUCCUGAAAAGCAG